AUGGAGUCCCCCUCGUCGGUACCAGCUCGCCUCACGUUCAUUGGAGGCGGCCGCCUCGCCCAGGCCAUCAUCGACGGAAUCUACGCCUCCGAUGUCGCCUGGAGCGCCGAAUGCCCAAUCUCGAUCACCGGACGCAGGCCAGAGCACGUCGAAGUGCUGAAGAAGAAGUAUCCCAAAAACCUGGUUACGAACAACAACACAGACCCGGCGAUAUGGGAGCAGGACACCAUUACCAACCCCUCGGGAGGACAUGUGCUCUUCAUCUGCACCCUUCCCAUUGAUGUUCCGCAUAUCUGCCGAGAGCUGACACCUGUGCUCGAAAAGCUCGACGAAAAUGCACUGCCAACCGUCGUCACUCUCUGUCCCGGCAUUUUCGUAUCUCAACUCCAAGGGUGGCUUCCGAAAGGAACGCCGAUCGUUAGGUCGAUGCCUAACCUGCCAGUGACAUGCCGCGAGGGUGCCACUGGGUUAUAUGCCAGCAGCGAUGGGGCAUCGCGGGUUGAUCUUGUGGUCAAAGUUUUCCGCCAGGUCUCCCCGGCAUCUUGCGUCCUUCCCAAGGAAGAGCUACUUGACGUUGUCGCAGCCAUCGCAGGAUCCGCUCCGGCGCACUUCUACUACAUGUUAGAGUCCAUGAUAUCCGCCGCGGAGUCUUUUGGCUUGCCGUCGGACACGGCCCGGACCCUAGUCGUCCAGUCUUGUCUUGGUUCAGGCAUGCAGGCUCGUGGAAUUGACAAAUCCAUCGCAGCGCUGCGAGAAGAAGUCUGCGUGCCGGGGGGAAGUACAGCCAAGGCAAUUGCUCAUCUGGCAAGCAAAGAGGUCCCUUCAAUUGUGCGGGAAGCUAUUGGCAAGAGUCUGCAGGCGAACAAGGAGAUGAGCAACGUAGAUAUGAACUGA